AACCAAGGAACGAAGCGGUAAAAUAAAGCGGUGAAGAAAAGGAAGGAUCGGGAUUAAAUAAGCAGGAGAGUGGUAAGGGGGAUAAAAUAAAAAUAUAAUAAAAUAUAAAACGGGAGGGAAAAAAAAUCAGUCCUUAAUCUUCUACAGACUCUCCUGUCUGUGUUUUUUUUUUUGUGCUGUGUACUAUAACUCGCUGCUCCACGGUGACGGGUUCUUUAGUUACGGCUUCCAGCCUCCAAAAAGUGAUACGCUACCCCGCAGUCCCAUCUAGGAAAGCAGCGAGGUACCAACCUAAUCCCGGAAAAUAUUGAUCAUCGCCGCCUAGAGACAACUGCUUGGUGUAUAUAUCAAGAUAUCAAUAUAUAUGUCCCUAUCUUCACCAACUAUAAAUCUGAUAUAGAAACCCAUUUAACCCUGGUGUACAAAAAUAAUAAGCAAGUGCUUCAGAUUCCUCAUCAGAGAUAUUAAACAGUAACUACUUAGAAGGAUAACUUGUUGCAAUGACGACCCCCAAAUGGAAAAUGGAGAAAGAUAAAAUGGAUUCAAGAUUGAAUGUAAGAAGGUCCUCUUUACCAGAGGAGGGGGGCCUAAAAGAGAUUUUGAGGGAGAUUAAGAAAAUUUCAGAGAAGCAGGAUUUAAUGCAAAAUGAAGUCCAAAUGAUAGCCAGGAAACAAGACCUACAAUACAAAACAUUCCAAGAAGAAAUGGCAGACCUAAAGAAAGAAUGGAGAGAGGAGAUAGGUGCUAUGAAGCAAGAAAUUAUAAAAAACUCCAAUGAUAUAAAUGACUUAAAAAUAGUAAAUAGGAAGAACGAAAAAACACAAUCUAAAUUGCAAGAGAAAAUUGAGUCCAUGGAAGAAAAGGGGAAAAAACUGGAAAAAAUACAGGAAAGACUGGAAUUACAGGCACUGGAAUUCCAAUUGAGAUACAGAAACGUUCAAGAGGAGGAAAAGGAGAACAUAGGUUGGGUGAUAACACGCUUGACAGCCCAACUAUUACAAUGUACAGAUCAGGAGGCCUGUGGGCAAAUUGAUAGAGUUUAUAGAGUGCAAUCAAAUUUUACCAAGAAAAAUAAAGCAACCAAGGAUGUCAUUGUACACUUUUUGAAAAAAACUACACGUGAUGAAGUGUUAAGAAGACACGCCCGAAACCCAAUUUGGUACAAGGAGAGGAAAGUGAUUAUCUUAAAAGAAUAUCCAAAAUCGAUAUUAAAUAGAAGAAGAAAGUAUUACUUCCUCACCGAUGAACUCAAGAGAAGACAAAUUAAAUACAGAUGGGAGAAAUACGAAGGCCUGAUGGCAACUUACAAAGAGGAUAAAAUAUGGAUAACCACGGAAGAAGAAGCCAAAGACUUUUUUAGAACUUUAAAGAAAGACGUAAAAAGCAACAGAGUCUCAUCAUCAUCAGACAGCGGUAAAAACCCUAAAGAAACAAAGAAGAGAAGAUUCGACUCGCCCAAAGAUAAAGACCAAACAGUGACUGAGUUGGAUUUAAACACGGACCAAGACGAUUCGGAUGAGGGAGAUCCAACAGAAGAGGAGAGAACACAAAGAGAUGAGUAAACUAGACUUGUGAUUGCAAGACUAUGGAAAUCCACACAGAUACCAACAAAAGAAUUAUGGUUAGACAAACUACUGGAAAUCAAGAAUAUGGACCAAUUAUCUUUUUUGAUCAAGAAAACGAACGGAACAAUAUUGAAAGCUACCGACUGGACUAGUUUUGAGGACUAUUUAAAGAACAUAGUGCAUAUAACUAAAGACUGAUUCAUAAAUGGAAGAAGAUGCAUAAAUGGAAGUCAACCCAUACACUCACACACCACCAUCACCCUCACUACCCUUAUCCCCUCCCCCCCCUAUCCUGGUGUCUUCGGUUAAGUUGUUUUGUGUUGUUUCAUUAUUAUUGUUUGUUUGUUUUUGUGUUUCGCUAGUGAUAAACCCCAAUAAAAAUUAUUUGCAA